AUGUCGAAUUUUGGUCCUAUUGAUACCAGUGUUUUGUACGGGCAAUUAAAUCACAGAACAGAAGAUGUGUCCGAAAAUCCGGAUACAACUUUAUCAGUACGACGUGGUGAUAUUGCUUUUUUUCGCGUCCUGCAACUAGCACCACGUCAUAUUCGUGUUUUACAAGUACUCCAAAAUAUGGGGUUUCUUGGUGUUUUGCAAUGUGGGCAUGUUGAAAUUGACACCCACUUGAUCACUGCUUUGGUAGAGAGAUGGCGCCCGGAGACACAUACUUUCCAUUUUUCGGUGGGUGAAGCUACUAUAACACUGCAAGAUAUCGCCAUCCUGUGGGCACUCCCGGUGGAAGAAAAUACAAGUGAUGAUGAUAGCCCAUUUGAGGCUGUCUUACAGGAGGCACGUAUAUGUGCCAUGUGCAUUCUUGGUGGAGUGUUGUGUCCUGAUGCUACGGGGAACACCGUGUCAUUAUUAUAUCUGCGGCAUAUGGAAAACAUACACGAGCAGUAUGUAUCAAAUUGGGGUUCUGCAGUGUUGGCAUAUCUCUACCGGGAGCUAUGUACAUCAUCACAACGAGGGAAAAAUAAUAUUGGCGGUGCCAUGCAAUUAUUGCAGAUAUGGGCAUGGUCUCGCAUCAUAACACUUGCCCCCAUUCCCUCGAGUGAAUCUUCGACACUGAUGCCGACCAUUAUAGACCCUGACAAUGUUCUGCCUAAUCCUCCAUAUGCUGCACGGUGGUCUUAUCAUAUAUCCCGUACUCAUACGGCACACAACGCUCUUCGUAUAAUAAGGAAUGUUUUGGAUCUUUAUUUGGACUCCGUAUGA